GGUGCUGCAGCUGCGGGCGGCUCCAGCUGCCCCCAGAUGUGGGCUGGGCGGCGCGCGGGGAACUUUCGCGCCGGCUGCGAGUGCGGGGCCCCGGCUGCGGUCCGGCUGCCAUGGAUCCGCCGGCGGGAGCCGCGCGCCGCCUGCUCUGCCCCGCGCUGCUGCUGCUGCUGCUGCUGCCGCCGCUCCUGCUGCCGCCGCCGCCCGCGGGCACCCGGCUCGCCGCCGCCGCCGACCCCCCAGGUGGGCCCCUGGGGCACAGAGCGGAGCGCAUCCUGGCGGUGCCGGUGCGCACUGACGCCCAGGGCCGCUUGGUGUCCCACGUGGUGUCGGCAAUGGCCCAGGCAGGGGUACGGGCCCGCAGGGCUGCCCCCGUCCAGACCCCAGGCUUCCCUGGAGGCAGCGAAGAGGACCCUGGCGGCCGCCUCUUCUACAAUGUCACUGUCUUCGGCCGCGACCUGCACCUGCGGCUUCGGCCCAACGCCCGCCUCGUGGCGCCCGGGGCCACGGUGGAGUGGCAGGGCGAAUCGGGCUCCAUCCGCGUGGAGCCCCUGCUUGGGACCUGCCUCUACGUCGGAGACGUGGCCGGCCUGGCUGAAACCUCCUCCGUGGCGCUCAGCAACUGCGAUGGGCUGGCUGGCCUGAUCCGUAUGGAGGAGGAGGAGUUCUUCAUUGAGCCCCUGGAGAAGGGACUGGCGGUGCAGGAGGCUGAGCAGGGCCGCGUGCAUGUGGUGUAUCGCCGGCCACCCACCCCCAGGUCCCCUUCUUUGGGGGGACCACAGGCCCUGGACACAGGGGCCUCCCUGGACAGCCUGGACAGCCUCAGCCGCGCCCUGGGCGUCCUGGAGGAUCAGGUCAACAGCUCGAGGCACAGGGCGCGCAGGCACGCUGCCGACGACGACUACAACAUCGAGGUCCUGCUGGGCGUGGACGACUCGGUGGUGCAGUUCCACGGGAAGGAGCACGUGCAGAAGUACCUGCUCACGCUCAUGAACAUUGUCAAUGAAAUCUAUCACGAUGAAUCCUUGGGGGCCCACAUCAAUGUCGUCCUGGUGCGGAUAAUCCUGCUGAGCUACGGGAAGUCCAUGAGCCUCAUUGAGAUUGGGAACCCCUCUCAGAGCCUGGAGAACGUCUGCCGCUGGGCCUACCUCCAGCAGAAGCCAGACACAGGCCACGAUGAAUACCACGAUCACGCCAUCUUCCUCACCCGGCAGGACUUUGGACCUUCGGGCAUGCAAGGCUAUGCUCCUGUCACCGGAAUGUGCCACCCUGUCCGCAGCUGCACGCUAAACCACGAGGAUGGCUUCUCCUCGGCCUUCGUGGUGGCCCAUGAGACCGGCCACGUGCUGGGCAUGGAGCACGACGGGCAGGGCAACCGCUGCGGCGACGAGGUGCGGCUGGGCAGCAUCAUGGCGCCCCUGGUGCAGGCAGCCUUCCACCGCUUCCAUUGGUCCCGCUGCAGCCAGCAGGAGCUGAGCCGCUACCUGCACUCCUAUGACUGCCUGCGGGACGACCCUUUUGCCCACGACUGGCCGGCGCUGCCGCAGCUCCCGGGGCUGCACUACUCCAUGAACGAGCAGUGCCGCUUCGACUUCGGCCUGGGCUACAUGAUGUGCACCGCGUUCCGGACCUUCGACCCCUGCAAGCAGCUGUGGUGCAGCCACCCUGACAACCCCUACUUUUGCAAGACCAAGAAAGGGCCCCCCCUGGACGGGACCAUGUGUGCACCUGGCAAGCACUGCUUUAAAGGACACUGCAUUUGGCUGACGCCUGACAUCCUCAAACGGGAUGGCAACUGGGGCGCCUGGAGUCCAUUCGGCUCCUGCUCACGCACCUGUGGCACAGGUGUGAAGUUCAGGACCCGCCAAUGUGACAACCCACACCCAGCCAAUGGGGGCCGCACCUGCUCAGGCCUCGGCUACGACUUCCAGCUCUGCAAUCCGCAGGACUGCCCCGACGCACUGGCCGACUUCCGCGAGGAGCAGUGCCGGCAGUGGGACCUGUACUUCCCGCACGGCGACGCCCAGCACCACUGGCUGCCCCACGAGCACCGGGAUGCCAAGGAGAGAUGCCACCUCUACUGCGAGUCCAAGGAGACGGGGGAGGUGGUGUCCAUGAAGCGCAUGGUGCAUGAUGGGACGCGCUGCUCCUACAAGGAUGCCUUCAGCCUAUGUGUGCGCGGGGACUGCAGGAAGGUGGGCUGUGACGGGGUGAUCGGUUCCAGCAAGCAAGAGGACAAGUGCGGUGUGUGCGGAGGGGACAACAGCCACUGUAAAGUGGUCAAGGGCACCUUCACACGCUCGCCCAAGAAGCUCAGUUACGUCAAGAUGUUUGAGAUCCCGGCAGGAGCUAGACAUCUGCUUAUCCAGGAGGUAGACACCACCAGCCACCACCUGGCCAUCAAGAACCUGGAGACAGGCAAGUUCAUUUUAAAUGAAGAGAAUGACGUGGAUCCCAAUUCCAAAUCCUUCAUCGCCAUGGGUGUGGAGUGGGAGUACCGGGAUGAGGAUGGCCGGGAGACGCUGCAGACCAUGGGCCCCCUCCACGGCACCAUCACCGUUCUGGUCGUCCCGCAGGGGGACGCCCGGGUCUCGCUGACGUACAAGUACAUGAUCCACGAGGACUCCCUCGGCGUGGACGACAACAACGUCCUGGAAGACGACUCCGUGGGCUACGAGUGGGCCCUGAAGAAGUGGUCUCCCUGCUCCAAGCCCUGCGGCGGAGGGUCCCAGUUCACCAAGUACGGCUGCCGCCGGAGGCUGGACCACAAGAUGGUGCAGCGAGGCUUUUGCGACGCCCUCCUGAAGCCCAGAGCCAUCCGCCGGGCCUGCAACCCCCAGGAGUGCUCCCAGCCUGUGUGGGUCACGGGCGAAUGGGAGCCGUGCAGUCAGAGCUGUGGGCGGACAGGCAUGCAGGCGCGCUCUGUGCGCUGCGUUCAGACACUGCACAACAACACCACGCGCUCUGUGCACACCAAGCACUGCAACGACGCCCGGCCUGAGGGCCGCCGGGCCUGCAACCGUGAGCUCUGCCCUGGCCGGUGGCGGGCUGGGCCCUGGUCCCAGUGCUCUGUAACCUGUGGCAAUGGCACCCAGGAGCGGCCGGUGCUCUGCCGAACCGUGGACGACAGCUUCGGGGUCUGCCGGGAGGAGAGGCCUGAGACAGCAAGGAUCUGCAGGCUUGGCCCCUGUCCCCGAAACAUCUCCGAUCCCUCCAAGAAGAGCUACGUGGUUCAGUGGCUGUCCCGACCGGACCCCGACUCGCCGGUCCAGAAGACCUCGUCAAAGGGCCGCUGCCAAGGCGACAAGUCAAUGUUCUGUAGGAUGGAAGUCUUGUCUCGCUAUUGCUCCAUCCCAGGCUACAACAAGCUGUGCUGCAAGUCCUGUAACCUGCACGACAACCUCACCAACGUGGAUGACAGGGCAGAGCCACCGCCCGGGAAGCACAAUGACAUUGAAGACCUCAUGCCCACCCUCCCAGUGCCCACUCUAGUCAUGGAGGUGCAGCCUCCACCAGCCAAGCCCCUGGAGGUGCCUGUCAAUGCCUCCAGCACCAGUGCCACUGAGGAUCACCCAGAAACCAAUGCUGUCGAUGUGCCCUACAAAAUCCACAGCCUGGACGAUGAAGUUCUGCCACCCAACCUAAUCCCUCGACGACCGAGCCUAUAUGAAAAGACCAGAAACCAAAGAAUCCAAAAGCUCAUUGAUGAGAUGAGGAAGAAAGAGAUGCUUGGAAAGUUCUAAUAAAAUGGAAAGAUAGCAUCAAUAGCAUUUUUUUUCUUGCUUAUAGAGAUAUUCCAUGGGAUGGCAAAUCCUGUGUCAUGGAGAUGAAGUCAAAAUUCCUGAUUCCAAAAGGCUUUGAGACAACAAAGAGGGAGAAUGACAUAAAAAUAUAUAUAUUUGGUUGUAAGCAUGUGACAACUGGGUUAGCACGUGUGUUUCCCAUCCCCGGAAUGUUGUAAGUCCUGUACUGGGGUUGGGUGUAGGGUGGAGAGGAAUAUAAAGGUUCUACAACCUCCAUCAAUGAGGUAGGGCAGAAGGGCUAAUCAGAGAGAGAAAACACUCACUCCAGGCUUCUGAGCAGUGACUUCCUUGGUGGUGACAACCCUUUUGGAGACGCAGGACAUUCCCUAACGGUUCUCCAAACUGAGGCACAAAGCCCAUGGGGGCUCUUAGGAGAAACACUGAUUUAUUUACUAACUGACCAGUCUCUAAGAUGAGCACAAUGAAGUAGAGGCCGUGACCUCUAGCGCCUUCAAGAGCCAGGCAGGCAGCAAAGAUGAGUAUGGUGGCCGGCUGGGGACUGCGACCAACCUGAGGGCCACAGCCCGCUAGAGCUGAUUGCCGGCCCCAGCCACUGCUGCCUCUGUGAGAGCCAGACCCUGCUGCCAGAGAGUGCACUUUUUCAGAAGUCUAGAAUUGUGUGUGAAAAUUCUCAAUCCUUAAAGGUCAACUCAGAAUGUUUUAGGGCGGUCUGGGGUCUGGUGGGGUCUGGAGCUGCCAGUCUUGGCCUGAUGCAGUCUCGCGCAUUAAGGACUUAGGGAAAGCCAUCUCAUCUAUUUGGUGCUCACGUGCUGCGUUUGAAUAUCUCAGCAGAGUUGGAGCUGUGAAGCUGUCUGUCUCUUCCCAGGAAAGUACUGAGAAUCCUCCAACUGGGACUUGAGGAUGUAUCUAAACAGUGGGCCAUGUUUCCUGCGUGCGGAGGAGACAGUGGGCAGCUCUCCCGGGCUCCCCCAGGCCUGUCUCCUCUCCACUAACCUAAGCCUUGCUUGCCACCUCUAGCCAGCCUGGCCUCAGCCUUGGGCCUCCCAGAGGGCUCUCUCCCUCCUCAGGGGCAUUGGAAGGAUGAGGGAGGUCGUGCGGUGUGCCUGCGCUCUCCUGGACAAUCUAGUGACUGGGCAAGCCCCUGACUUUCCCUCCUGGGGGGGGCCAGGAGUGCUGUCACGAGGGUGGCCACACCCAAGGGUUCUGAGAUGAGGCCUUGUGGGCUCAGUUUGCUCCUAAAGACCAGCUUCGCUUGUGGGGGAUGGGCUUUCCCUGUUUAGCCCUGUGGUGCCCCCCCAGCCCCGCCCCCAAUUCCUUCACUUAGAAGCUCCAGAACCCAGCAGUGAACUGCAAGACUUGGCCUCCGAGGGGAGGCAUAGGGUGGAAGAGGGGAGCCUGCUUUAUCUUUUGCUCUUUGCAAACGCAGAAUGGUGCUUUGGGAGCGAGAUGUGAAUGAGAGAAAGAGUAAGCGAGCAGGGUGGCUAGGAGGACAGUAGCUAAUUUUUACCUCUCCCUGCAUUGAUAUUCAGUGAAUGUGCAGCUUAAACUUCCCAAAAUUGCAAGACUCAGGGGCACAUUAGCUCCUUAGCUGGGCCUUGCCUGACACCUAAUUCUUAAGCUUUUCAUGUCCAGGAAAGUGCUGGAGCCUUUGUAUUCUUGCCAGUCAUAGACCUUAGAGAACUCUUUCUUGUUUAAUUCCCUACCAUAUAGAUGAGAUUACUGAGGCUCAGGAUAAUACCAUGAUGGCUACUUUAUAUGGAGCCUUGAGGUGCUACGUGUGUCUGAGUCUGUGGGUGUGUGGUCUAAGGGGCAAGUAAGGGUGCAGGAAGCAGAACAACACCUGGGAUGAUGCUUAACAUCCCAACCAGGUGAUAACUAGCCUCCCGCUCCAGCCGGUGCAGCCUGCCUCUCCCUCUGCCUCCAGGUCCACACAUGCUCACACAUGUCCCAGUGUCUCAAAGGAGCUUGCUGGCUCCUAAGAACCAAACUGUACAAAACAUUUUUGAAUAUCUCCUAUAGUACCACUUCUUCUUUAACAGGAUGUGGUAUAAAGCACUUUUGCAAUCCUGUCUCUGUGAUUAGGAAAUGGAUCCCACAGCCUUCCCUCACUGGUUGAACCCAUGGCAGCUGGUGCUAUUCACAGGCUGAAGGACUGGGCAUUUUGCUUGGGUCUGGCCUAGAAUGUUGAGGAAGUCGGGGGUGACUAACCCCAGCCAGGGAGUACUACUUGGUUUACCCAGCCUGGGGGCCAUAGGAUGGGAACACUCCAUUCCCAGAUCCCAGCAGAGAAGGGCUGCAUGUCUUGGGGGCUGGAAGGCUUCCAGGAGAGGCCCCAGGUGGGACAUUCCCAGGGGAACCUGUCUUCUGCUGGAGGGAGAGGGAGGCCCUCUAGGAACUGCAGGCAGUGUGGCCAUGGCCCCAUACGUCAUACUCAGUCCCUCGGGCCAUAUAUCCACCGAGUUCCGUAAAGUAGAUGGCCUCAGACGUCUCUCUGUCCAAGGAACGCAGUGUUCACCAGGCUCUGAGAAACUGCAAAUCUCCACUGAGCUUGGGACCCGUGGGAGAGCUGGCUUAGCAAUAGCCCUGAGUUCCAGAGCCAGCCUCCGUGUCUCAGUGGCUGCAGCAGCCUGGCGGAGCCCAUGGAGGUCUUCCAGCUGAGGUUUUGUAAACACCAUGUUGAGACUCAGAGGUCCUCUCUGUCUGUGGCUCCAGAAAAUCAGCGGAGGGGCCCGAGAGUCACUUCAUGUGCACGGGGAGACUUGUGCUAGUUUUGGGACCUGGUUCUCUGCUCUACUCCUUUUGGAAAACCCAUGGAAUUUCACAUAUAAGCCUUUCAUCUGUAUUUUAAGAUUUUUUGUUUAUUUGUUUGGAGUAUAUAAAUGGUGCUCAAUAGUGAAGCCUUUCUCAGAUGAAGUAUUAUGACUGUGUACUCCUGUAUGACAGGCAGCCGCCACAUGAAUCACCACGGUGCUGAACUCAAGUCACAUUUUAUCUUACGAUCACAGCAAUCAGUAUAUUUGUUUUCUGUACAGUAAAAGUUCGCUCCUUGAUUUUAUAACUUAUUAAAGUCAAAUGUCUGUGUUUUUGCACAUCAUGCCUCGUCUGUCU